CUGCUGUUCCCUGUCCUAGUGCCCCGACCCUCCCUGUUGCUGCACCCCAGCCAGAGGGUGUUCCUGGGGGACAAUGUCACCCUGCGGUGCCACCUGCCCCAGCUGGCUAGCAGGAUCCAGCUCUGCCAGGAUCAGCGUCUGACUUCCUGCAUGGACAAGUAUGAGAUGCAGGAUGUAGCUGACUUCUACAUUACCACAAAGCGGGAACAUGCAGGGACGUAUCGGUGCCGGUAUCAGGUGCCGAAGCCAUUGAAGACAUCAGAGAAGAGUGACCCCGUGGAGCUGGUGGUGACAGAUCUGAGCUUCCCCCCACCCGGCAUUUCCCUGAGCCCUGGGGGACACGUGGGGGCGGGGACCAACAUCACCAUCCGUUGCUGGAACAAGGAUUAUGGGGCCACUUUCCUCCUGCACAAGGACGGGUGCUCAGCUGCCCUCCAGCGCCAGCACCCCAAUGAAGGGGGUAUGGCCACCUUCACCCUCUUUCAGGUGACCCCAACUGAUAAUGGCACCUAUAGGUGCUCCUACCUCAUCAAAGGCUACUUCCCCUUACUGUCCUCACCCCUUGGGGACAACGUCACUCUGGAGGUGACACCCACAUCUGCACACCCAGGUGCUGCCGUGGAGUCCCACAGGAACAUGGUGGUGGCAGUGGCAGGGGGCUGUGCUGUCGCCUUUGUGUUCAUCCCCCUCCUCAUCAUCUUCUUCCUCCUCACUACCCGCAGAUGCCAGAGGCUGAGAGAUAAGCGCCAUGGUGCAACCCCCAGAAGGCCCGAGGCUGUGCAGCUCCAGGCGCCAUGCAGUGACAGCGACUGUCUGACCUAUGUUGAGCUGCAAGCAGAGCCCCCCACAACUCGGUCCCCUGGUCCUCCUGCUGACUCCCAACCCCCCACUAUCUACGCUGAUGUGCGCACCGGGGGACCCCACUGAUGUCCCCCAUAUGUGUGGACAUGCACGUGGAUGUUGUGUGCACAGAUGCACUUUAACCGUGCACACUGCUGGUGUGCUGUGUGUGCUUACAACCACGUGUGCAAUACAUGCAUGUACCACUGCAUGUGUUCAUGUGAAUUACAUGUGUGUACACCAUCACAUGUCCUCAAUUAAUUUACACAUGUGUGCUUUGU